UAGCCGUGUCACGUGGAGCACUUCCGGCUUUGCCUUUAGCCAGGACGCAGGCGUAACCCGCUACAGCUGCGGGAUCCUUGUGACUCUUCCGGUCGGUACAGCCAAUCGGUGCACAGAGAAGCGGGGCGGACGGGAGAGAAGCGGAGGGAACACUGAGAGUCGCUGCAGCCUCCAGUGCCGCCCCAGGGGCGUGGAGGGCAGGGGGCGGCCUAGUCCCCGGUUGCAACUAUGGCUCAAAGCAGAGACGGUGGGAACCUGUUCGCCGAAGGCGGCGAACUUGCCAACCCUUUUCAGGACCCAGCCGUGAUCCAGCACCGACCUAGCCCGCAGUAUGCCACGCUUGACGUCUACAACCCUUUUGAGAUUCCAGAGCCACCACAGUCCUAUGAGCCUCCUGCCCCCGCCCCAUUGCCUCCACACUCAGCUCCUUCACAGUCUUCGAGAAAGCUCAGCCCCACAGAACCCAAGAACUAUGGCUCCUACAGCACCCAGGCUUCAGCAGCAGCAGCCACAGCAGAACUGUUAAAGAAGCAGGAGGAGCUCAAUAGGAAGGCAGAGGAGUUGGACCGGAGAGAGCGAGAGCUGCAGCAUGCUGCCCUGGGGGGCACAGCUACUCGACAGAACAACUGGCCCCCUCUGCCUUCUUUUUGCCCGGUUCAGCCCUGCUUUUUCCAGGACAUCUCCAUGGAGAUCCCACAAGAAUUUCAGAAGACAGUAUCCACCAUGUACUAUCUCUGGAUGUGCAGCACUCUGGCUCUUCUCCUGAAUUUCCUCGCCUGCCUUGCCAGCUUCUGUGUGGAGACCAGCAAUGGCUCAGGCUUCGGGCUCUCUAUUCUCUGGGUCCUCCUUUUUACUCCCUGCUCCUUCGUCUGCUGGUACCGCCCCAUGUAUAAAGCUUUCCGGAGCGAUAGUUCUUUCAAUUUCUUCGUUUUCUUCUUCAUUUUCUUCGCCCAGGAUGUGCUCUUUGUCCUCCAGGCCAUUGGCAUCCCAGGUUGGGGCUUCAGUGGCUGGAUCUCUGCCCUGGUGGUGCUGAAGACCAACACAGCUGUAGCUGUGCUUAUGCUAUUGGUUGCCCUGUUCUUCACCGGCAUCGCUGUGUUGGGAAUUGUGAUGCUAAAGCGGAUCCACUCCUUGUACCGCCGCACAGGUGCCAGCUUUCAGAAGGCCCAGCAAGAAUUUGCUGCUGGUGUUUUCUCCAACCCUGCGGUGCGGACUGCAGCUGCCAAUGCAGCCACUGGGGCUGCUGAAAAUGCCUUCCGGGCCCCGUGACGCCUGAUGGGAUGCCCUGGCCCUGCCACUUAAGGGGGCUGACUUAGCCCCUAUCCCUGAGGUCUCUGGGACUUGGUGAGACAUUACUACUUGAUGUCUCCUGUAUAGUGCCCCCAACCUCACAGCUGUGACUGCUGAACCUGACUUAAGGGUGCGGGAAGCCCACUGUGACCCAGUCACUGCUCUGCCUACACCCCACAGCCCAAUCAAGCCACACUGCUGCCACCCCUUACACAUCCCAACCCAGCUUCCCUCUGCUGUGCCAAGGCUGUUGCUUCGAUUAUUUAAAUAAAAAGAAAGUGGAACUGGAACUCAAA